AUGAAGCAUGACAUGGACAAGUGCGAGGCAGAAAUCGAGGAUAUUAUCGAAAACAGUGCUCGGCUACAAGCAGAACUCAGAGAUUUGAACGCUGAGGCCUUGAAGGUGUCCGGACAGACAAGACGAACUAACAGAAUCAUCUCUUCUGCCGAGGCGAGGCUCAAGGAGCUGCGGAACAGUAGACAUAUCGUGCUGGACGCCAUCUGGCAAGACACCCCACCGGGGACUCGGGGAGGAUAUGAUAUUGUCAUGCAAGCGAAUCUCGAGGGAGUUCGAGGAUUACUGCUCGAGCAUAUACGCGUGCCCGAAGAAUACCGCUUAGCUGUGGAGAUAACAGCGGGACACCAGCUGUACAGUAUCCUCGUAGACGAUGAAGAAGUGAUGCAUAAAUGCGUCGACUUGGUAAAGGCGAGGCAGGCCGAGACUGGCAAACCAUUGAGGGCUACCUUCAUGUAUCUGGCGCGGAUGGGGGACCGCGAGAUGGCACCAGAGCCUUCGCUGAGCCCAGUUGGCUCACUCCUACUCACAGAUGUGAUUAAGAGUCCGGACUGGGCCGAGUGUGCGGUCAAAGAGGUUUGGGGCAAGGAAAAGCUUUCUAGUAUUGAAGAUGACAUAAAGUCAGGGGAGACUGAGCUGGAGAACGCAACUGCUAAAUUGAUGGCGGAAUACUCUGUUGAAGAGGAAAUCAAACACAGGAUCCUUGGCGUUCGAGUGGACUUACAGCGGAGUCUUCGGGCUGAAGCAUUGAAGGCCAGAGAGCUGUCGGAACUCAGAGAUAUGAGACAGAGACUGCGUGAUAGUAUCUACUCGGCAACGAGACUAACGAGAGAAUACAGUGCCGAGCGAGACUCAUUGGCACGGGACAUUGCCGCAAUCACGGAUGAACUCAACCACACGGUUGAGAGCGUGAGAGAGCCCGACGACCCCGACAGCGUUCAGCUGGAGAUCCUCAAGGAAAAGCUUGAAAAGAAGAAGCUGCAAUUGGCGAAAAUCUUUCAGAAAGUCGUUGAGCGUCAAAGCGCUAUAGACAAACUCCGCUCACGUUUGGUCGUGCUGGUCGAGGGCCGAAUGCAAUCCCUUGAAGAGCGAUUGCGUGUCGCGACCUCGACAACUGCGAACGCGAAUCCGGAUGCCUUGGAUGAGGAGAAGAGAAUCAAAUGGCUCACUAGCGAACUCACUGAGACUGAGCAGGAGCUUGCUUUCAAUAGUGAAAGGCUGUCAGAAUUGCGCGAGGCACAGUCCUCGAAAUGCACGUCCGUGGAGGACUUAGAGGCUGAGGUAGCUGACCACCAGGCCGAGGUCGCGACUCUCGAGAGAGCACAUGAGGAGAAGAUGAGUGAACUGAAAGUUUGCGAGGAACGGCGUACCCUGGCUGGAACCAAGUUGGAUGAUAUCAUAGCUCACCAACCUGAAACGGAGUGCCUCGAUGGAGUUAUCCGAGACCUAACUGAGGAUACACCAACGUUGCGGAGAAGGCUCUUGAGGUGCACUAGGAAUCUGUCAAAAUUUGGUGGCGGUGUAAAUAACAAAGCUGCGGAGCAGUUCGGGCUAUUUAACGGCCAUUAUGAAGAGCUCCUGCAGAAGCAACGCGAGAUGGACGAAGAGCAGGCGGCUAUAGACGAUCUCAUCAGAAAUCUCGAUGCUGAGAAGAAGGACAAUGUCGUCAAGAGUUUCGCCCAGAUCGACGAGAACUUCUCCAAUAUUUUCUCUAUACUGGUGCCUGAUGGGAAUGCGAGGAUGAAACUGCUCAAGCGGAGGCAUAUUCAGAAAGACGAUGAAGACAGCGAUAGCACGACGCCGUCGGUCUGUGAGGAGCAGUAUGUCGGGGUGGCUCUGGAAGUAACAUUUUCCCGGAGCCGAUGCCGAUUGAAGAGAAUCCACGAGUUUAGUGGAGGACAGAAAACUGUGGUUGCAGUUGCGCUUUUGUUCGCAAUGCAGAAGACGGAUCAACCACCAUUUUAUCUAUUCGACGAGAUUGAUGCCGCCCUCGAUCCUCAAUAUCGGGAGGCUGUGGCUCGUCUAGUAGGAACUGUUUCCAACCCUUCAGCCGGCCCACCGGCACAGGCCAGUCCUAACCUCAGGUCAUCUGCACUACGUUUCAUCCCGAACUAUGUCGUAUUGCCGAUCGGCAUUAUCGAGUCUCUGUUACCGAUGUCAUCUGGCUUAAUGAUCGGUUUGCGCAUUUGUGUGUACCGAGUUGAUAAGGAGAUAUAA